AGCGCCGAUUCUCCGUGAAGCUUUUCAAGGAGUUCACAGACGUCUUUAACUGUCUUCCCAUCGCCGCACUCAUUGAGGAGAUUGCGCUCUGCAUGCACGGUGGCUUGAGCCCAGAGCUACGAAACCUCAAUCAGAUCAACCAGAUCCGCCGUCCGCUGGUGGUGCCGGACGCGGGUUUAGCCUGCGACAUUUUAUGGUCAGACCCCGAAGAAAAUAGCUGCGGAUGGAUGCAGAGCCAGCGCGGCGUCAGCUACACGUUCGGCGAGGACGUCGUGCGACGGGCCUGCGAGAACCUUAAAAUUGACGUUGUGCUGCGGGCCCACCAGGUGGUCGAUAACGGUUACGCCUUUUUUGCGGAAAGGCGGUUGGUGACGAUAUUUAGCGCAUCGAACUACUGCGGCGAGUUUACGAACAGUGGGGCGAUGUUGAUGAUGGAUGAGAACUGCAAGUGUAGCUUCCAGGUCUUCAAGCCGCAGUACUAA